AGACAGAGUAGAGUAACAAAAAAAACAACAGUGUGUGUAUGAGGAAACUGUACUUCCUCUUUUAAGUGUGAAGUUUUCUCUGGUCCGUUAAAAACGUGUGCACUUUCUUGCCGGGACAAAAUAGCCUUGCUCUUUAUUCUGCAACAAGGAUGCACAUUUUGUGUGCUGUGCUGCUCUUGGUCUUUCUGGUCCUCGGCCACUCUUCGUCUGCCUUAAAUAAAGUGUGGGAAGAAUGGAAAAUCAAACAUAGCAAGGUUUAUGAUAAUCAUACCGAGAUCGUUUUCAGGAGAGCAGUGUGGGAGAAGAACAUGCAGUUGGUGUUGAGACACAACCAGGAGGCUGCAGCAGGAAAACACAGCUUCACAUUGGGACUUAAUCAUCUGGCUGACAUGACAGCUGAUGAAAUCAACGAGAAGCUGAACAGCCUGAAGCUGGAGGAUCCUAUUCAUUUCAGAAACAGCACUUUUAAGGAAGUGAGUGGCUUAUCGAUCCCUCAGAGUGUGGACUGGAGGAAGAACGGCCUGGUCAGUCCUGUCCAAAACCAGGGGUUAUGUGGGUCCUGCUGGGCCUUUAGCUCUUUGGGAGCUCUUGAGGGACAGAUGAAGAAGCGAACAGGUUUCCUUGUUCCCCUGAGUCCCCAGAACCUGGUGGACUGCAGCGGCAACUUUGGAAAUCUUGGCUGCAGAGGAGGAUACAUCUCAAAAUCCUACAGCUACAUCAUCCGCAACGGAGGCGUCGAUUCAGAGAGCUCUUACCCCUAUGAACACAAGAACGGGAAAUGUCGGUAUUCUGUCAAAGGAAAGGCUGGCUACUGCUCUAAUUUCCACAUCCUGCCAAAAGGGGAUGAGAAGACUUUGCAGGCUGUGGUGGCAUCAGUGGGGCCGGUCGCUGUGGCCGUAAAUGCCAUGCUGCAGUCUUUUCAUCUCUACAGAGGAGGUCUAUACAAUGUACCCAACUGUAAUCCAAGGUUCAUAAAUCAUGCUGUCCUGGUUGUGGGCUAUGGCACAGACGGAGGACAAGACUUCUGGCUUGUGAAAAACAGCUGGGGAACUGCGUGGGGAGAAGAAGGUUUCAUUCGAAUCGCCAGAAACAAGAAUAAUCUUUGUGGCAUUGCCAGCUUUGCAGUCUAUCCUACUCUGUGAAAAUGGCAGUCACCUGAAUCAUCUUGGUAGAAUUUAGGUUAUAUCAUUCAUCUAUUUGAUAUCAGAAAUCAGAUGUGUGUUGUUUUCAUCUUUACUAACGCAACUGCAGGCACUGUCCUGAAAGUCAAAAUAUAAAGUUUAUUUUGAUAAACUUUAUUUAUCUGCUUCGGUAGCCUUUCUCACUGAUGGUUUGAUUUUCACAGACUCUUGAGAAUUUGGAUAAAAGAGGUUUUAAUUUUGAAAAUAAAUAAAAUGUAAUAUUAACAAAUCUAAACUUAUGUGUUUAUUGUACAAGAUCUCACCAAUCUAGCAAAAUUUUGGUGCAACCUCCAGAUUUUGUAAUUUUUUUCAUAAAAUGUGUGUUUUGCCUGUCUUUAUUUAGUUUUUGUCAACACCGUCAGACACAAUAAAAAGCCAGUUAAUCUUAUUUAUUUAGUCUCAUAAUGAUUUAGAGCUUUAAAAUCAUUGUGUCAUGCAACGUUCAUCAUUAGCAUUAAGUAUACAAAAUAACAAUUUGGGGCAUAAAAAACACAUUUUUUAUUUCAAAGUGACCAAGAAUUUAAUAUAUCAACUGCAUUGUAGGAACAGAUUGUAAGCAUAUAAAUUUAAAAACAAAAGAAAGAUCCAUCUGACGCCGGUGACACAGAGCUGAUGGUGGUGGCUGUAGCCUAUUAAUUUGUCCUUUUCUUUUGAGUUGAAUUGUAUGUCGGCCCAAACUGUUUUGUCUGGUGUAUUAGGAGAAUUUAUAUUUUUAGACAUUGGGGAUACAUUAUAGUAAGAAAAUACUGUAGAACUACAGUAUGUGUUGAAGAAACAAAGGGGGAAUGAUAUAUAGCAUAAAUAGAGGUCAAUGAAACAUUACAAGCCAUGGUACUAUUUAUUGUCAUAUCAAUCAUAAUGGGUGGUGAUUUUGGUGGUCUCCCACACCUUUGGUAAUUGCAAAUUACAGGAGCUUGUUUGACCGUUGCAUUUAAUAAAUGUGGAGGGUGGAAAGGGGGUCCUCGGGAAUAUAGCUGACCAUAUAGUUGCCUGCUCUUUAAUAAAUAUCUGACGGUGUUGACAAAAACUUGGGACACAUUUUGAGAAAUGAAAAAAUAAGAGUAAAUAUUGUUGGAAAUUCACUGCUUCUAUGUUUAAAGAGUUUUUUCACUGUACUCUUUCAUCUGGCCAAUAUAAUAUACAUAUAAAAUACAAUUUUCCUCCUUUUUUAUCAAAUUGAAAUGAAAUCUCUUGUCUGAGGACAAUGGAUUUUGUGGGUACUGGGCUGUCAAAAAAUCAGAAGAACCUCAGAUGAUCAAACCUGGUUGUUUUAAAUAAGAAAAUGUUGGAAUUUAAAUGGAAUGGAAUUAGCAGUUUUCUUUGUGGGACAGGUUUUUGCCAAAAUCUCAAGAAUCAGUGUUUUCAGUUUCAAGUUCUCAUCUUUUUUUUUUUUAAACUGAAAAAGAUUGCUUGGUUUGCACCUUUAAAACAUGUUUUUGUAAUUUUAUAUUUCCUAUGUAUUUUAUAUAUUUGUUGUGGUUAUUUAAACAUGUAUACUUAAAUGCUGCCCUAGCUUUUGGAGUGUUUAAGUGCACAUUAUAAGGAAAGUAUAAAGUAAAAUAUAAAAUAUCUCUUAUUUGCUUGUUAAGGUGGGUGACAUGGGAAUGAAAUUAUUGUCAGUAGGAGUAGUUAUUGUGCAGUAGAAGUAUUUUAUUAUUAAAUAAAGUGAUCUAAAUAAUUAUAGGUAAGAACAAUAAACUUCUUCUGGAUUCUAUA